AGACCCACACCCCCUUGCAGGAGGGAAAGGAGCCGAGGGGUAGAGAGGGAACGCCCUAUUACACAUGCUGUGUUUACUCUGGGCCUGGCUGUUGACUCCAGGCCUUAUCGUUGGGUCCUCAGACUGGGCUGGGCAGGGCAGGUCUGAGAGUGAGGGAGACUGGGUUCCCACUGCCCUGUGGGACAGGAGAAAGGAAGGCGCAAGGAAGUCCGCAGCAGAGCGACGACGAAGCUGCUGGUUGCGCCCACAAUGAAGAGGCUCGUUCUGUUGCUGCUGGUGCUCCUGGACCUGGGGCAGGCCCAAGGAGCACUCCACAGGGUGCCACUCAGGAGGCAUCCGUCCCUCCGGAAGAAGCUGCGGGCACGGGGCCAGCUCUCUGAGUUCUGGAAAUCCAAGAAUUUUGACAUGAUCCAGUUCACUGAGUCCUGCACGAUGGACCAGAGUGCCAAUGAGCCCCUCAUCAACUACUUGGAUAUGGAAUACUUUGGCACUAUCUCCAUUGGCUCCCCACCGCAGAACUUCACCGUCAUAUUUGACACUGGCUCCUCCAACCUCUGGGUCCCCUCUGUGUACUGCACCAGCUCGGCCUGCAAGACACACACCAGGUUCUACCCCUCCCAGUCCAGCACCUACAGCGUGGUGGGGAGUCACUUCUCCAUUCAGUAUGGGACUGGGAGCAUGUCCGGAAUCAUCGGAGCCGACCAAGUCUCUGUGGAAGGACUGACUGUAGUCGGCCAACAAUUUGGAGAGAGCGUCACAGAGCCUGGCCAGACCUUUGUGGACGCAGAGUUUGAUGGAAUUCUGGGCCUGGGAUACCCGUCCUUGGCUGUGGGAGGGGUGACUCCAGUGUUUGACAGCAUGAUGGCCCAGAACCUGGUGGAGGUGCCCAUGUUUUCCGUCUACAUGAGCAGUGACCCAGAAGGCGGUGCGGGGAGCGAGCUGAUUUUCGGAGGCUAUGACCACUCCCACUUCUCUGGGAGUCUGAACUGGGUUCCGGUCACCAAGCAAGGCUACUGGCAGAUUGCACUGGACGCAAUCCAGGUGGGGGGCACCGUGAUGUUCUGCUCCGAGGGCUGCCAGGCCAUUGUGGACACAGGGACCUCCCUCAUCACAGGCCCCUCGGACAAGAUCAAGCAGCUGCAGGAGGCCAUUGGGGCAGAGCCCGUGGAUGGAGAAUAUGCUGUGGAGUGUGUCAAUCUCAAUGUCAUGCCGGAUGUCACCUUCACCAUCAAUGGAAUUCCCUACACCCUCCAACCAACUGCCUACACCCUGCUGGACUUCGUGGAUGGAAUGAAGUUCUGCAGCAGUGGCUUUCAAGGUCUUGACAUCCAGCCUCCAGCUGGGCCUCUCUGGAUCCUGGGCGAUGUCUUCAUUAGACAGUUUUACUCUGUCUUUGACCGUGGGAAUAACCUUGUGGGGCUGGCGCCAGCAGUCCCCUAAGUAGGGGCCUUAUGUCUGUGCCUGCCUGCCUGACACCCCUUGGAAAUCCAGCUGGGCCUAUUAGGUUGUGGCAUUCUUCACAGCUGUCAAAUAGUCUUUUUCAAUCGGAUAUAAUUGUCCCAAAGCUGCAACUGGAAUUAGGACCAAACAGAGCAUGAGAACACACACACUCACACACACACUCA